GCGCCCGCCUCGGGGCAGGGCGGGCCCGCCGCGCCUGCGCACUCGCCGCGGCGUCCCCACACGCAGCCCACGUGACCCGCGUGCUGCCCAAGAUGGAGGCCGUGGCCAGGCCUGGUCGGACUCCCGCCUCAGCCUACACCCCUCCGCGCCUCUUCGGAGUCCGGGACACACGCGCAGGCUUGCGGCGGUGACCAAUGGCCACACCUCGGGCUGCCAAGCGGGGCUGGCCUCCGCUUCCAGCCAGUACCCUCCCUGAUUCCCUCCAGUGAAGCUCCCGGAGCUGGUGCCUAGAGAGUCCCCCGGUUUGUCUUCAGAAAGCCAGGUGAAGACCUCUGCUCUCUCUCCUUGUGGAUUACUUGGGUUACAAGACUGUCAGGAGGCUCCAAGUUUACGUGGCUGGGAUCCGACCCUCCUGUUUCUGUGCUUGUAUGUAUUGGUGGAAGUUUGGAGAUCUUUGGGACUAUUGUUUACGUGGACAUUCUGAACCAUUUUUAAGGGCAUAGACGCUACUAGCAAUGAGCUCCCAAAGCCAUCCAGAUGGACUUUCUGGCCGAGACCAGCCACUGGAGCUGCUGAACCCCGCCCGCGUGAACCACAUGCCCAGCACAGUGGACGUGGCCACCGCGCUGCCUUUGCAAGCAGCCCCCGCGGCCGUGCCCAUGGACCUGCGCCUGGACCACCCGUUCCCGCUGCCCGUGGCAGAGCCGGCCCUGCGGGAGCAGCAGCUGCAGCAGGAGCUCCUGGCCCUGAAGCAGAAGCAGCAGAUCCAGCGGCAGAUCCUCAUCGCCGAGUUCCAGCGGCAGCACGAGCAGCUCUCGCGGCAGCACGAAGCCCAGCUGCACGAGCACAUCAAGCAGCAGCAGGAGAUGCUGGCCAUGAAGCACCAGCAGGAGCUGCUGGAGCACCAGCGCAAGCUGGAGCGGCACCGCCAGGAGCAGGAGCUGGAGAAGCAGCACCGCGAGCAGAAACUGCAGCAGCUCAAGAACAAGGAGAAGGGCAAAGAGAGUGCCGUGGCCAGCACAGAGGUGAAGAUGAAACUGCAGGAGUUUGUCCUCAACAAGAAGAAAGCCCUCGCCCACCGGAGCCUGAACCACUGCAUCUCCAGCGACCCCCGCUACUGGUACGGGAAGACACAGCACAGCUCCCUGGACCAGAGCUCACCUCCCCAGAGUGGGGUGUCAGCUUCCUACAACCACCCAGUCCUGGGCAUGUACGACGCCAAAGAUGACUUCCCCCUUAGGAAAACAGCUUCUGAACCCAACCUGAAACUGAGGUCCAGGCUCAAGCAGAAAGUGGCCGAGAGGCGGAGCAGCCCCCUGUUACGCAGGAAGGACGGGCCUGUGGUCACUGCUCUCAAAAAGCGUCCCCUGGAUGUCACAGACUCUGCGUGCAGCAGCGCUCCGGGCUCCGGACCCAGCUCGCCCAAUAGCAGCUCUGGCAACGUCAGCACCGAGAACGGCAUCGCGCCCGCAGUGCCCAGCGUCCCAGCCGAGACCAGCCUGGCGCACAGACUUGUGACUCGGGAAGGCUCCGUCGCCCCGCUCCCUCUCUACACGUCGCCAUCCUUGCCCAAUAUCACCUUAGGACUUCCUGCCACCGGCCCCUCAGCCGGUGCGGCCAGCCCGCCGGACGCCGAGAGACUGGCGCUGCCAGCCCUCCAGCAGCGGCUCUCCCUGUUCCCCGGCACCCACCUGGCCCCGUUCCUGAGCGCCUCGCCCCUGGAGCGGGAGGCCGGGGCGCCUCACAGCCCGCUGCUGCCGCACAUGGUCCUGCUGGAGCCGCCCCCCGCGCAGACGCCGCUCGUCACAGACUGGUAUCUUUCAGGCCUGGGGGCCUUGCCCCUCCACGCACAGUCCCUGGUGAGCGCGGACCGCGUGUCCCCGUCCAUCCACAAGCUGCGGCAGCACCGCCCACUGGGGCGCACGCAGUCAGCACCCCUGCCACAGAACGCUCAGGCUCUGCAGCACCUGGUCAUCCAGCAGCAGCACCAGCAGUUCCUGGAGAAGCACAAGCAGCAGUUCCAGCAGCAGCAGCUGCACCUCAGCAAGAUGAUCCCCAAACCAAGUGAGCCAGGCCGGCAGCCCGAGAGCCAUCCCGAGGAGACGGAGGAGGAGCUCCGCGAGCACCAGGCCCUGCUGGAUGAGCCCUUCCUGGACCGGCUCCCCGGGCAGAAGGAGGCACACACGUUGGCCGGCGUCCAGGUGAAGCAGGAACCCAUCGAGAGUGAUGAAGAGGAGGCAGAGUCGGUGCGGGAGGCAGAGCAAGGCCAGCGCCCGCCCACGGAGCAGGAGCUGCUCUUCAGACAGCAAGCCCUCCUGCUGGAGCAGCAGCGGAUCCAUCAGCUGAGGAACUUCCAGGCGUCCAUGGAGGCUGCGGGCAUCCCCGUGUCAUUCGGCGGCCACAGGCCUCUGUCCCGGGCACAGUCGUCCCCAGCAUCGGCCACCUUCCCCCUGCCGGUCCAGGAGCCUCCCGCCAAGCCGAGGUUCACCACGGGCCUAGUGUACGACACGCUGAUGCUAAAGCACCAGUGCACCUGCGGGAACACCAACAGCCACCCUGAGCACGCUGGGAGGAUCCAGAGCAUCUGGUCCCGCCUGCAGGAGACAGGCCUGCGCAGCAAGUGCGAGUGUAUCCGCGGACGGAAGGCCACGCUGGAGGAGCUGCAGACUGUGCACUCCGAGGCCCACGCACUGCUCUACGGCACAAACCCCCUCAACAGGCAGAAACUGGACAGUAAGAAACUUCUAGGGUCGCUGACCUCCGUGUUUGUCAGGCUUCCUUGCGGUGGAGUCGGGGUGGACAGCGACACCAUUUGGAACGAGGUGCACUCGUCGGGGGCGGCCCGUCUUGCCGUGGGCUGCGUGGUGGAGUUGGUCUUCAAGGUGGCCACAGGGGAGCUGAAGAACGGCUUUGCUGUGGUCCGCCCCCCAGGACACCACGCUGAGGAGAGCACCCCCAUGGGGUUUUGCUACUUCAACUCAGUGGCAGUUGCAGCCAAACUUCUCCAGCUGAGGCUGAAUGUGAGCAAGAUCCUCAUCGUGGACUGGGAUGUGCACCACGGGAACGGAACCCAGCAAGCUUUCUACAGCGACCCCAACGUCCUCUACGUGUCCCUGCACCGCUACGACGACGGGAACUUCUUUCCGGGCAGCGGAGCGCCUGACGAGGUGGGCACGGGGCCAGGCGUGGGCUUCAAUGUCAACAUGGCUUUCACGGGCGGCCUGGACCCCCCCAUGGGAGACACAGAGUACUUGGCAGCCUUCAGAACGGUGGUCAUGCCCAUCGCCAACGAGUUUGCCCCGGAUGUGGUGCUGGUGUCGUCGGGCUUCGACGCUGUGGAGGGCCACCCGACGCCCCUCGGGGGGUACAACCUGUCUGCCAAAUGCUUCGGGUACCUGACGAAGCAGCUGAUGGGCCUGGCGGGCGGCCGGAUCGUCCUGGCCCUCGAGGGCGGCCACGACCUGACGGCCAUCUGCGACGCCUCCGAAGCGUGCGUCUCUGCUCUGCUGGGAAAUGAGCUCGAGCCUCUGCCGGAAAAGGUUGUGCAGCAGAGACCCAACACCAACGCGGUCCGCUCCAUGGAGAAGGUCAUGGAGGUCCACAGCAAGUACUGGCGCUGCCUGCCGCGCCUGGCCUCCACCGUGGGACACUCCCUGAUCGAGGCGCAGAAGUGCGAGAACGAGGAGGCCGAGACGGUCACCGCCAUGGCCUCGCUGUCGGUGGGCGUGAAGCCGGCCGAGAAGAGGCCGGACGAGGAGCCCAUGGAGGAGGAGCCCCCGCUGUAGCGGCCCGGAAGCUGCUCUUCUCUCACGUGUUUGUCUGUCUUGAAGCUCAGCCAAGAAACUUUCCCGGGUCACUCCUGCGCCCGCCGCGGCGGUGCCCUCCGAGCAGGGCCGGCCGCCAGGCGUGCGGCGGCGGCGGGAGGCCUUCCCGCCGCCCCAGACCGGGACGGCGCGGGCUGCACGCGCCCGCGGGGCGUGGCGGGCACACGGAGCGCGCGACGCGUGCGCCGAGUCCGCCCGCGCACGCGCGGAAGCCAAGCACACGCCCGCGGUUCCCUCGGGAGCGCGAAGGGAGGAGCCUGUGGGGACUUGACCGGAAGAAGAGAGCGAGGAAAUCCGAGGUCUCCCGAGACACAACGAACUUGACUAAAACUGGUGCUCACAGCGUGAUUCUCACCCACGAUCCCACAGUCUCCGCGUAGACCACUCAACUCAUCCCGUAGGCUUUUCUUAAGAAAAUAACCCCGACACCCCCGGUCGUUGUCUGUGGCUCUGGCCCGGCCGCGGGCCUGGGCGGGGAGCUGCGGGGGUUCGCGGCCGGCGGGGGAGAGGACAGAGCUACUGGGCCUUUCAAGGAAAAACUGGACAGAAUGGAAACGUGAGCCUGGAAGUCGGCUUGAGCGUCUCAAAGCCAUCGGAAGAUGCGAGUUUGUGCCUUUUUUUUUUAUUGCUCUGAUGGAUUUUUGUGGCUGGGUUUUCUGAAGUCUGAGGGACGAUGCCUUAAAAAAAAAAAAACCAACAAAAAACACACAAAAGAAGUGGGGACGUUUCCCUGUGGCAGGUGCAGCCUGCGUCCCGGCCGGGCGGGGGCCUUGUCGGGCUUCAUUGCCGUGUGAAGAAGUGGAGGUCGUGCCGGAGAAGCGGCAGACACUGUCGGGGCCCGAGGCCCCGCGCGUUUAGACGCAUCCAAAGUGUUCUUUCCUCCUACGUCGCGUCGCCAGUGAGCAUCUCCGUCUGUCGUAAGCAUGUCGCCGGCACACUGCGGUGUUGCGAUCGGAAUGCUUUUUAUUAAAAGCAAGUAGCAUGAAGUAUUGCUUAAAUUUUAGGUAUAAAUAUAUAUAUAUAUGUAUAAUAUAUAUUCCAAUGUAUUCCGAGCUAAGAAACUUGAUUCUUACAAGAUCUUGAUAAAAUAUUUAUAAUGCAUUUAUAGAAAAAGUAUAUAUAUAUCUAUAUAUAUAUAUAUAUAUAGAAAGAAAUGAAUGCAGAUUGUGAAGGUCCCUGGCCGAUGGAGGACUUGGGAACUAGCUCUGAGGUGCUUACGGUGCAGGACCCAGGUUGAAGCUGGGGUUUUGGGGUCCGGAUUGGCCAGCGUCCAGACCCCCUCCCCCCGCCCCACGCACCUUCCCUAUCCGUUUGUACUUUUAAGUUUAAUUCUUUUCUAACAGAGCCCAGCCUCUCCGAGCCUCCAUGCACAUAUGUACCUAAUGAGUUUUUAUAGCAAAGAAUAUAAAUUUGCUGUUGAUUUUUGUAUGAAUUUUUCACACACAAAGAAGAUCCUAACUAAGCAUUGUUUUGUGAAUUUUACAUUUUUCUCCACCAUUUAGCAGUUUUCUGAAUGGUAAUCA